UUCCGUGUUCCAUUUUACCGUUCACUCGCAGCCACGGCCGAUCGCGCGGCGUUUUAGUAGACACUCGAUCGCUUCGAUAGUAGGAGUUGGGUUUCUGUGCGCAUUUUCGGCCGUUUGUACGGCGAGUUUCGUGAACUUUGCGAACUUUCGGCGACGAUUGGAAUUUUUUCGGUGCCGUUUUGAGUCGAUGUCGGCGUUUUGAAAAGUAGAAAUGAUGCGGAAGAGCGGAUUUUGUGUGGUUUUAAUCGGCUGUCUGCUACUAACAGGGGCGAACGCCCAGCAGCCGCAAUUAGAAAUCCAACCCAACGAGAAAGUUAUGACCAGAGAGGUGGGCAGCAGUUUAGCUUUGACGUGCAGACCGAACGUUCCGGAUCCUUCUUUGGUAACGCAAUUGGAAUGGAGGGAUAGAUUCGACCGCAAAAUCGAUAGUUUCAACAGAGCUAAUCCCGUAUACGUUCAGCAUCUACCGGGAGAGCCUGGAGCUGUUUUAAUAUUCCCCAGUCUAACGGAAAACCAAGCCGGUACGUACACGUGCCGCGGGUUCUACGCCAACACGGAACCAUUGCUCGCUUCCGUGGACAUUAAAACGUACGUCGGUAUUAGCUUCGUGGAAGCACCGGAAAAUCAAUAUCCCAUAGUCGGACGUGACUUCAGGGUGAAAUGCAAGGUUAAAGGCAACCCCACGCCGACCAUCGAUUGGAACAAAGACGACCUACCCAUCACCACUAACGAGAAAUUCGUCGUCGACAGCGAGGAAUUGCUAAUUAAAAACGUCACCGAAGCCGAUGAUGGCGUGUACAAAUGCACCGCUAUCGUUCUAAUGACCGGCGACAUCAGAACUAGGAAUAUUAAGGUCGAAGUGCAAGUACCGCCGAAGAUCCAACCCAUGGACACCAUAACCAUCGUCGAAGGAGAAUCGGCCUCCGCCUUGUGCAACGCGACCGGCAAACCGCCCCCGUCGUACCAAUGGAUCAAGCUCCGAGACCGCCAAGACCUGUCGGUGGCCGAUCGUUUCGAGGUGAAAAAAAUCACCGGCCAGCUAAUCAUCAAUCGAGUGGAGUACGAGAGCGACGACGGCUUGUACCAGUGCAUAGCGGAGAACUCGGUCGACCGGGUGAACACGACGGUGCGCGUCAACGUGCUGGUGAAGCCGCGCAUCUUCCAAUUGCAGAACGCGACGGACCCGGUGAAGGCGAACACGAACUUGACCUGCAAGGCGUACGGCCGGCCGCCGCCCAGCGUGACCUUCCGCAAGCUGAGCAGACGGGAGCCGUUCAAGGUGGGCCAGCAGCUGGACGACGGCCGGAUAUUCCUGGAGCAGGAGUACAAUCCCGAGAAGGGCGAGGCCUACGGGACGUUGCUCAUCUCGAAUCUGACGCGAUCGGACGACGGGCUGUACGAGUGCGUGGCCGAGAACACGGCGGGAGUCGCCUACAAAAACGGCCACAUAACUACCCUAUUUCCGCCGACGUUCGCUCGAACGAGAGACCUCCCGCCGGUUUGGAGCUGGGACAACAGACCUGGUAAUCUAACCUGCCUGCCGGAGGCCAUUCCGAACGCCACCAUCAUGUGGAAAUACGGCGACAUCGAGAUCCAGGACAACAACGUGUUCCGCAAAAUCGGCAACGGGCCGGUGUCGUAUUUGAUCAUCAAUCCGCACAACGAUCGCCGGUAUUUCACCCGGUACGAGUGCAUCGCCUCCAAUAACCUGGGCAAAGCCAGCAUGUUCAUUCAGCUGAAGCAAGGCUUCGUGCCCGGAUCGGUUUCGCAAGUGCGCAAAGAGUACGUCACCGCUACCACCAUCAAAUGGAGCAUCAUUCCGGCUAACAACUUCGACGGAUUACCGUUAAAAUCGUACACCGUCAGGUAUAAACCGGAGAGGGAGUUAUCGUGGGAUUACGCUAGAAACCACACUUGGAGCUUCGGAGCCCCGUACAUUCUGGAAGGAUUGAUUCCGGAGGAAACCUAUCACUUCCAGUUCGCGGCCAAGAACGAGGUUGGAAUGGGACCGUUCAUAAACGCCGAAUCCGUGACGAUGCCCCGUCGAUCGGUGCCCACGCAGCCGAAGAUCCUAAUCGAAUCGAAUCGAAAUAAAAUCGAUAACACGGCCAAUCGGGAAGACACCGCGGCCGCCAGCCCGUACGCGGACCACUUCGAGCUGAGAUGGAGCGUGCCCAACGACAACGGGGAUCCCAUAUUGUACUACCUGAUCGAUUAUUGCAUCACUGAAAAGUUCAACGGGGAGUGGAGGGAUCGCGAUUGCGUGAACGACAUCCAGCGGUCCAUACAGUACACCAGCUUCGAGCUGGACAAGCUGCGGCCGGACACGACCUACAAGAUCGAGUUGCGCGCGCGCAACUCGAUCGGCGACAGCUGGCCGGCUGUGUUGCGCGUCAAAACGGCCAGAGGAAUCGAUCCCAUCGUACCGAUGCAAACACCAGCGAUGAGCAGCUCCGCCAUAAUAGGCAUCGUGAUAGCGGCGAUCGUCGUGGUGCUCGUCCUCCUCGACCUCACCUGCUACUUCGUCAACAGGCUGGGCAUGAUUGCGAUGUGCUGCAACGCCAGGACGAAGCACACCGACGACGAGGACCCGAAACUGGGCAGUUACAAAGCUGCGCCGGCGCAUCCCAGCAGUUUGAAUUUACCGCAACCAAUUAAAUUGGCCACGACCACGACUCCUACGGAAGAACGAGAGCCUCUGCAACAGCCGAUGUCGGUGGAAUUCGACGGGAAAUUCACCCAUUCGAAGUCUGGGGAAAUUAUCGGAAAACACUCGGCAGUCUAGAUGAUCGCAGAAUCGCCGCGAAUCACAUCACUUCAUUGCGAUGUUCAGUAAAUGUAAAUAAUUACAAUUGAACGAGUUUUGAAAUUGUACAUACAAGUAUGGUUUUACGUGGAAAAUAUUUUUAUUUCAUAUUGUGUGUCGAAGUAAGGUGACUAGAGCGGAAUCAUUGAAGAUAAUUUAUCUUAAUGGAGAGGAGUAUGAUGUGAGAUAUACGAGUUUUAACCAGAUAUAUGAAUAGAAAUAAGUUAUUAGAACUCAAGGCAGUUUUUAGUUGCUGAAAAUAUUCAAUAUUUUAGAAAACAUGGCCUUUUUAAAUUUCAAAUUUUGACUAGAAAAAACGAACAAAAGUGAAAUGUAACAUCAAAUGACAAAUGACAUAUGUAAGGGUAUGUUGUUGUAAUUUCUUUGUUUUAAGUUUCUUGGGCCAAAAAUAAACACUUUUUUAGAAUACAAUGAAGAAAAGAAAAGUUAUUAGAACUCAAAGCAGUUUUCAAUUGCUGAAAAUAUUCAAUUAUUUUAGGAAAUACAGCCGUAAGAAAAGUCGAACUCUUCUCCAUUUUGCUUAGAUCAUACUAACUCGACACCAAUACAAAAAUCAUGUUCAUACCUAUUUUAUUCUAACAAAAAUGACUGUGCAAUAUUUCACAAUUAAUUUAUCUUAUAAAAUACUCACCAUUCCAGUUAUUAUUAAAAUAAUAGUAAACCUCGAAGUAAAACCAUAAGAGUGCCAAAUAAUCCGGGUAGCUAUUCGUUGUGCUAAAUUAUUAUUAGCUAAUUUGUGUGGAAUAGACUGAUUCGUUUUGUUACCAAAAUAAGCGAAAAUUGUUGAAUUUCGUACGUAAAUUGGAUGUAGCGUUGUGAGUCGUGCAAUUUACACUGAAAUGUUCUCAUUAAAUUAAAUUUCUAUCUACCAAAGAUUGAACGCUACAUCUCAUUAAGUUCGAUUAACGAGGAACCUAAUUGGUUUUAAUGCAGCUUGCUCCUACCAAAUUCUUUAUAUUCAGCCUUAAAUGUAUUGUUAAGUAUUCGAGUCUGUGUUAAAAAAAGCGUAAAUUAAGUAUCAAAUUAUUUAUUUUAUGAAUGUGUUGAUUCACGUGUAAAUUUAUAAUUUAGAAUUUAGUUUUUAUGUGUAAUGUUCAGUACUUAUCGUGUUGAGACUGAUUGGGUGUGGUGUGUUAGGAGAAUUUUCUAUACCUAUAGGAAAUUUUAGAAGAUUACCAAUCACAUCCUUAUUAAGUACUUUAUUAAGUUUCGAGCUACCUAGUGUAAAAUAUGCUCUUCAUUGAUAUUUGAUAAUGGUGGAAUUUUUAUACCGUUUUCAAUUAGCAUUUCUUUUAGUUUUAAGUGACAGAUUGAAUAAUUCCAACAGUAUUUGAAAACAUUAGAUUUAAAGUUUAUUGUUACUUUUUUAUAAUCAAACUAGUACUAUCGAGCUACUUAUGUAUUAUGUAAUUUAUUUGUAUAGUAAACAACCAAAGGUUUUCAUUUUUAUACCUGUAAUUGUAACAUCAUUGUAGCUUUUGAUAUGGAAUAAAUACAUUUCGAUAAAUGUGGGUAUCUAUUCGAAGUAUUAUUUCUCGAGGGAAAUAAAAAUGAGAUAUUAAAAAUUAAAAAAUUUAUAUCAAUAAGCCUAAUUUUUACAAUAAAAUUUCUAUAGUAAUAACACAAAUCUCGUAACCGACAAUAAUGAUUUAAAUAAUUUUUACUAGCUAUCUACAGAAGAAAAUAAUAAAAAAAUGUAUAUCUACAACUGUUCACUGAUUAAGAACAUCACUCUUGACAUUUUUAGAUUUAGAAUGAGCAAUUGUUCAGGUUGAAUAUUCCAUUACAGAAUAUUUGAAUAAAAUGCGAAGUAGAUACUAAAAAAAAUGACGAAUAAGUAUAUUUCUCUAAUUUACGUAAUAGGCAACAAUAUCGGAAAUUAAGUACUUUCAAUACAACUACAUACCACACUGGGAAUAGAAUUUUUUGUUAAAAUUUCCAAAAAUUGGAUUAAAAAGUUUGUAGUAUUCCUUCAGAAUAUUUCAUACAAAUAUUUGAUCGUGAAAAAAGAAUUUAAAGGGUAAGAAUGCGAAAUCGACACUUUUGAUGAAGAUGAGAAUUAGAAAAAUAGAUAAAGAGGUACAAAAGGGGACGAUUAAGUAAGUUAAAUAGAGUGAAGAUUUAAGGGAAAGGUAAGUUCUUGUUUUAAGAAAAUUAUUCUCACGAUCAUACUUUGUGAAAGGGCUCGAGUCCCAUCAAUUCCUUUUUUCUUCUAAUAAAUUUUGGCGAAAGUACUCUCAAUUUACAUCAUAAAAUUGCAAUAGGCUAUUGUAAAGCCACAUAAAAUUAAAUAAAAUGGAAUCUAGCAACUAUUUACAAAUUUAAAUAAAAUAUAACAAUAUAGGAAUCCAUAAAUAAAUUUAAAAAUUUCGAUUUUUGUUAAUCACACAUCCCACAGCUUCGAAUGGUAGAAUUCGAAAAACUCUACGCGAAUUUCGGCGAUAAUUUUGUUGAUGGUACAUCGGAAGAAAAAUAAACAUCGAUAAAUAGUUCGUGGGAAUGUCGUUAGAAUGUGUCUGUACAACAAAUGCUUUUAAAAAUUCUACGGGAAAAAUGGCAGUUUUUAAAUCAACGAUGUUAUCAAACGAGCCUUGAAGUUCACUAGUCUUUCACUGGUUUGGGCGAGGCG